CAGAGGAGAGAACAGUGGGAAGUGGAAAGUUUAAACAGGGAAGAGGACAGGGGUUUAGGGCAGGAAAAGACAUUUGUAAUUUGUAUUGCUGCAAGUCCAAUCCAACCUACACAAGCUUUUUCUAAAUAAAGCCAUUAAGAAAGUCAAUCUCUAAACAUCAGAGGAGAAGAACUGUGGGUGUUUUGAGAGAGAGAGAGAGGGCAAAUGGGAUGGUUCCCAUGCUCAGGGCAAUCAAGUUCAAAACAGGCAUCAAAAGUGACGAGGAAGAAGAACAAGUCCCUUGAACCUAUUGAGCCCGUUUCAGUUAAGCUGAAAGACACCCCUAAAGAUGGAUCCUCCAACAAAAUAGCAGCCAAGACUUUCACUUUCCGCGAAAUGGCAGCUGCAACAAAGAACUUCCGGGCCGGAUGUCUUAUAGGAGAGGGAGGCUUUGGUAGAGUGUACAAAGGACAGCUUGAGGGCUAUAAUAAAAUUGUAGCGAUCAAGCAGCUCGACCGCAAUGGUCUGCAAGGGAACCGGGAAUUCCUUGUAGAAGUGUUGAUGUUGAGCCUAUUGCACCACCCAAACCUCGUCAAUUUAAUCGGAUACUGCGCUGAUGGGGAUCAGAGGCUUCUGGUUUACGAAUACAUGCCAUUAGGUUCUCUUGAGAAUCAUCUUCACGAUCCAGUGCCGGGGAAGAAACAGCUCGAUUGGAACACGAGGAUGAAAAUUGCAGCCGGAGCUGCAAAGGGGUUGGAGUACUUGCACGACAAAGCUAGCCCUCCCGUUAUCUACCGCGAUCUGAAAUGCUCGAACAUUUUGCUUGGGGAAGGGUACCAUCCGAAGCUAUCCGACUUUGGGUUAGCCAAAGUCGGGCCUGUGGGGGACAACACACAUGUGUCCACGCGCGUAAUGGGCACGUAUGGAUACUGUGCACCCGAAUAUGCCAUGACAGGGCAGCUGACACUGAAGUCGGACGUCUACAGUUUUGGGGUUGUUCUUCUUGAGAUCAUAUCCGGGAGGAAAGCAGUCAAUAGUUCGAAAACAGGAGGCGAGCAUAACCUCGUUGCAUGGGUGAGACCGUUGUUAAGGGACAAGAGGAAGUUUGUGCAGAUUGCGGAUCCUGCGCUGGAGGGCGAGUACCCGAUCCGGGGGCUAUACCAAGCCCUUGCAGUAGCGGAAAUGUGUGUGCAGGAACAGCCUAAUUUAAGGCCCAUGAUUGCCGAUGUUGUCACAGCCUUGACAUACUUGUCUGCACAGAAGCACGACGCCGAGGCGAAGACAGGGGAGUAUGUUCGGGACCUGCAGCGCGGGACACCGCCGAGAUCGACGAAAGGAGAAGCUGCUGCCAGAAAACAUGGUACUGUUGGAUGAUAAUAUAUUGAAAGGGCCACAUUGGUGUCUCUUUUUGGCCUGAUGUUUUUGGUUCUUUGUGGAUUCUGGGUUUGUGAGGAAUUGUUGGCUUGUAGUGCGACGUUCGUGUUGAGUAUUGUAUGCUUAUACAUGUAUGUAAUCCAUUUUCAGGAAUGAUCUGAUAUUAUGAGUAAUAUUUUGAAC